UCGGCGCGCCUCUUCCAGGCUGUUCGUCUCCGCCUCCUGCCUGAGCCGCUGCUCCCCCUUUCCGUCACGGCGGCGGUGCCGCCACUACAGCGGGCGGGAGGAGGAGGAGGAGGAAGAGAGGGAGGGAGGCAGGCAGGCGGGUCCGACGGCCCUCUCGGGUACCCCCAGCGGCGAGGCGGGCGAGGGGAAAGAUGGCGACGCUGGGAGGCGAGUCGCAGCCCUUCCCCGCCACGGCUCUGGCGGCGGCAACGGCCGGGGUGGGCGGCGGCGGGUCGCUGGGCUUGCAGGCGCCGCUGAACCGCGGUCUGGAGCGGGCGCUGGAGGAGGCGGCGCACUCGGGGGGGCUCAACCUGAGCGGCAGGAAGCUGAAGGAAUUCCCGCGCAGCACCGCCGCCCUCAGCCACGAUCUCUCCGAUACGGUGCGAGCAGAUUUAUCCAAGAAUAGAUUAACAGAGGUUCCUACAGAGUUGUGCCAUUUUGUGUCACUGGAAACACUAAAUCUAUACCACAAUUGUAUUAAAAUUAUACCAGAUGCCAUAGUAAACUUGCAAAUGCUGACUUACUUAAAUUUGAGUCGAAAUCAACUUUCUUCUUUGCCAGCUUGCCUGUGUGGUCUUCCUCUAAAAGUCUUAAUUGCAAGUAACAAUAAGCUAGGUUCCCUUCCAGAAGAGAUAGGUCAGCUAAAACAGUUAAUGGAACUGGAUGUUAGCUGUAAUGAAAUCACAGCUUUGCCACAACAGAUAGGCCAGCUGAAAUCUUUAAAAGAAUUAAAUGUCAGAAGAAAUUACCUCGAAGUUUUACCCCAAGAACUUGUACAGCUUCCCUUAGUAAAGUUUGACUUUUCCUGCAAUAAAGUGCUUGUGAUUCCAAUAUGCUUUAGAAAGAUGGUGCAAUUACAAGUAUUACUGCUUGAGAAUAAUCCUUUGCAGUCUCCACCAGCACAAAUUUGUACAAAGGGUAAGGUGCAUAUAUUCAAAUAUCUGACUGUACAGGCCUGUCAGAUUAAAACAGCAGACUCACUGUAUCUUAAUGCCAUAGAACAACAGCAUUUGCCACAACCCGUGGAAGAGAGCAUUGAUGACAUCUAUCCAAGUAAAAAGGACUCUGAUUCGGGUGUUGGUAGUGAUAAUGGUGAUAAACGUUUGUCAGCAACAGAGCCAUCUGAUGAAGACACUAUCAGCUUUAAUGUACCAAUGUCGGACAUUGUGGAAGAAGAUCAUGUUGUAAAGGAAGAUUCAAGUCACCAUGCUAACUCAAGAAAAGUAGAAUUCCAUCAAGUAUCUUCUCACUUGAUUGUCAGUGAUAAGUCAAGAGAAAUAGAAGACCAGUUUGAUGAAUCAGAUACUCUUACUACUGAAUUUAUGAGUUACAUUAAGAGUAGAGCAGCAGAGUGUGAUGAAUUGUUGAGAAUAGAAGAGGACACACAAUGGCACACAGAUGAAAUAAUAAGUUUAUCAGAAGAACAAACUAUUGAUAUAGCAAUGAUAGAGCAACUAAGAGAAGCAGUAGAUUUAUUACAAGAUCCCAACAGAUUAAGCAUGGAUAUUUCAGAGAGCAGUGAUGUGAAUCUGUAUCCCAUGGAACCAGCAACAGCUUUAGAAUUUCAGGAAUCUACAGUAAACGGUCAAAUGCAGAUGGAGAUGUCUUCCCUUGGUCAGAGAGAAAAUGCUGAAGAGGAGCUAGAAUUUCAGAGAAGGAGGGAGUUGGUUAUGGAGAAAGCAAAGUCUGAAGUGAGACUUUGUGAACAGGGUGAAAAAUGGUCAUUGAGCCAGAAUGAUCGAGUUGUUUGGAAUACAGGUGGACAAACCUCUCAUAAUGAGAACAAGGAUAAAAGUCCAACAAUGUCUCCUACUACAAACACCACAAUCCCUUUUGGCUUGAAGCCACGAUCAGCAGACCCAUCCCUCAGUCUUCCUCCUAUCUCCUUCAACACACUUACACAGGCACAAACAUGGGACAACUAUAGCUACAGUAUCCCAUCUGAAGGAGACAGUGACAAUGUGUUCUUAAGACCACAAAGAAAUUUGGAAUCAAUAGAUCCACAAUUUACAAUUCGAAGGAAAAUGGAACAGAUGAGAGAAGAGAGAGAGCUUGUGGAACAGCUACGUGAGAACAUUGAAACAAGACUAAAGAUUUGUUUGCCUGAAGACCUGGGGUCUGCUCUGAUGGAUGGUGUAGUUCUCUGCCAUUUAGUAAAUCAUGUUCGUCCUCGGUCUGUAGCAAGUAUUCAUGUACCUUCACCAGCAGUACCUAAACUUAGCAUGGCCAAAUGCAGGAGAAAUGUGGAAAACUUUCUGGAUGCAUGUAGAAAACUGGGAAUACCAGAGGAGAAGCUCUGCCUGCCACAUCACAUCCUAGAAGAAAAGGGCUUGGUAAAAGUGAGCAUAACAGUUCAAGCACUGCUAGAUGUAACCACAACAAAACAAGCUUUAUUCACAUGAAACUCCUCUCUGCUGUUACCAGCUCCAGUGUGCCAUCAAAGAGUCAAAAUACUGCCCAGCUUUUUAAACUGCAUUGAAAACAACCCAGUGCUCCAAGAGUAUUCUUGUAAUUCUGAUUUCAAAAUCACCUGUCAGACUGUACCUGUGCAUCGAAUGACAAACCAGAAACUAAACUGAAACAUUUUCUAGAGCAAAUUGGCGCUUCACUGCUUUUUAUAGCUCACUUUGUACAGUACUUACUGAAACAGUCACCUCUCUGCCACUUACAGAUGUGUGGAGUCCACAGCUGUCUUGCAGCAAGAUACCUUUGUAUUAUUAACCUAAGAAUCACUGUAGUCAUGAGGGGGAGGGAGAGUAAAUCAGCCUUGUACCACUUUAGGUUUUUCUGCAGUUGCUUCAGGCUAUGAUUGCCUUUUAAAAAUAUCCAGACAUCAAGUAUUUAUAUAAAUAUUAUUUAUUAGUGAGUUGUUAUUCAUCCUUUGGAUGCAAAAAUGUAAAUUAGGAAACUGUAUUUUAUUACUGCUUUUUUGUGGUUAAACACUUUAUUUUAAUAUAAAUAUUGAGUUAUUUUUUAUUCUACUUGGUGUGCAGUAGCCCUAGAUCUCCGUAAACUGUAUUUUCUAAUACAUAAGAGAGAAAAAAACACAAGAGGUGCUUUUCUGAAAAAGACAGCUAGCUGGAAUGCCAUUCUUGAUCUCUUGAAUUUGUGGAACAUUUUUGUCAGCAUUCCAUUGAGUUUCCUACAUUCCAGUAGCACUUUUCCCCCUGACUAGUGAAUUGGCUGAAAUUGAGAGCACACCCAUUCUAGUUGUAUAUAGAUGUUUAAAAAACACAGAAAAAAAGGAAAGAUGUAAACUUGAAAAGUAAAUGUGAAUGAGUAUUUUUGAUUGCUUAUUUUACUAUGCACAAGACAUUUAACUUUUUCCACAAGAAAAUGAACGAUGUGCAUUAGGAUCAUGUGUCUUGAGAUAGGAUUUUGCACUGUAACUUGAUUUCUUUUAAAGAUUACAGCACUACAGAACAAAUAGUAAGAAACAGCACAAGAACAGUAACGAGAAGAGUCACUAGGUAGCUGAAACUGAUUUGUUUUCUUCAGCGAUUCCUUCGAGAGGAGAUAAAAGUUAUUAAAAUUGCCAAAGGCAGACUCAAAGACCUGAUCUUCCAGAUCCAUCCUGCUGGGUCCAGGGCUUCUCCUGAUGGUCUCCAUCAGUUCCCCACAGAACUAAGCACAAUGUUCUGCAGUGGAUGUCUGUGGGAUCAGAUCUCUUAUCCCACAUCAGCAAUAGAAAAUAAGGUUCUUGUUCUUAUCAGUACUUUAAAGUAUCAUUUUAUUAUUGAAACAUCACAUAUUUUAGAUCAAGAAGUUCCAUUCUUGCCAUGCCUGGAAGAUCUGUUUUCCUUUCCUAUAAGAAGCUUAGGGAUGUAACUUCAGCAGACGGGGCAGGCAAACUGCAUGUGGGGAAGAGAAGAGUUAGGGGUCAGUGGUGAAUGCAGGCAGGGAGUUGGAUAUGUGUAAUGACAAAAAAGCAGUGUGGUGGUGGGAGGACUAAAUAUUUAAGCAAGAGAAUGGGGAGAGGACUAUUGUAUAAAGACUUUUGGGAAAGGUGAUGCAUACCUGUCACAGACACACUGUGCUUAAACCCAUCAGUAUUCCAACAGUAGGUUUAUAAGGGUUAAUACAGUGUUUGAAUGCAAACUUCCGUGAUUUAAUACCACAAAUCAGGUAUGUAGUGACAGCAGUGUCUCAGGAGGAGGAAGGUGGGCUCACAGCCAAUGAAGCAUAGGGUAUGCAUGGAAUAUCCAGUUACUUCAACCAAAGCAAAAGAGUUUAUUUUACAGAGGGAACACUGACUUCAACUGUAAUUUUCUGAUUGGCAGCUAGCAUAUGGUUUCCUAUAAAAUGUACUGUGCACUUUAACAUUAAAUUAAAAUGUAUUUUAAUAUUUUACAGAGCUGCACAAAUAUCUGUUUUGUCAAAAAGCACGAGCAAUGUAAAGAAAAUAAGUUUUCAAGUCAGAGUUUAUCAAAUUUUAAAUGCAUUCACAGAUCAAGUAUAAAAAAUAGGAGUAUUGAUUUCUGCAUCUUGAGGGAUAAAAUGCAGGUUUCCUGAGUAUUUUUUUACAAUGUAUAUAUGGCAACAUGAAGCUUUGUAAUUAUUAUUUUGAGAAAUCUUGUUUUUUUCAUAAUUAAAAUUUUGGUUUUCUCCUGAUAGUGUCUUUCAGUAUUUGCUUGAAGUUGGCUGUAAAUAAAGAGCUCUAAAUAUUUUGUAAUACAGCUUUUUUUAUGCAGUCUUAACCUGUACGGCUGAAAGAAGAACCUCCAUCAACCUUUGUACCCUAUUUGUAUGUGCAAUAAAACAUGCAUGGCAAAGCUCUACUACCCUAAGCAGCACAUGUAAUGUAUAUAGACGAUCUCUACUGUAGCUACAAUUAAACUUUAUUAUUUGUAGAAACCUUUUA